AUGUCGAGCUCUGUAUGUCGCUUGAGGCUCUCGGGGCAUUUUUCUCGCCAGCUCAGAGUCGCGCCAGCUUCAAGACGACUAUCUCGACGCCAACUUUCCGACGCGCCAUCCACCUCGUCCGAGCCGGGUACAGUGAGAGAGCCCGAAGCGUCAAAAUCUCAUGAAAGUAGCUCGUCGCGUUUGGCAGCCUCGGAAUUCAAGGAGGAGGUUGAAGAAACGUACGCGCAAGCGACUAACUCUCAUUUUGCUCCGACGAAAAAAUCGGAUAUCCCUUCAGUAGAACCUUACUUCGCUGAGCAUCUUGAAGGAGUAUUUCCAACCCUGAAGUUUCCUCCAGAACUUGCAAGACGAAUCUUGACGCAUUCGAGUCACCCCGCUGCGAUAUAUGGCCAUAACGCCGUGUAUGGCUUUCUAGGCCGUCGCGCUCUUGAGUCCUAUCUCAUGCUCUUCCUUCACUCUUGCUCUCUCCAGCCCUCCCAUGACCUCGAGGAUAUAGCAUCGCGUGCUUUGAACUCGUACGUCCUGGGGGAACAUAUAGGGUCCCAGUGGGGCCUUGGGCGUAUCCUUAGAUGGACACCUACCGUGUCAAGAGACAACCUAGACAAAGUCUCUUCAAACCCUACCGUGCUCCGAAGUGCUGGCUUGUACAAAGUGCAAGGCGACACAGUGGCUGCUGUAAUAGGUGGUAUAUUCUACCAAUUCGGCGCUGUUGAGGCCCAUCGUGUCUUCCACACCCGAAUCCUCCCUCACCUCUUCCUCGGCCGUAAAACUGAGGGUCUCUCAGAGGUAUUCCACCGCAAAGCCCUCGCUAUCUCGCAAAGCAUGUCGGAUGAACCCCAGGAUAUUCCACCUCGCACCGCACCGCAAACGUCCACCUCCAACGUUGGUGCCCUCCCACCCCGACGCAAGGUCUCCGACUCUCCCUCGAUUGCUAUGAAUUUCAAAAGGGAGCUCGCGAAGAAGAUUCCUCUUUGA